AUGGCAAGCGACCCAAUGUUCCACCCCUUUAGUGUGAUUCGAAAUAAUCAGCAGACGGAGAAAAAUUGUGCCCACAGGAAAAGGAAAAAUAAUUUCACAGGUGUAAUGUCAUUCCAAGAAUGUCUGUGCGAGGAAAUAAUCGAACCAAUGACAAGCGACCCAAUGUUCCACGCCUUUAGUGUCAUUCAAAAUAAUUACAGGAUGGGGCAAGAUUUUGCACACAGGAAAAGGAAAAAUAAUUUCACACGUAUAAUCUCAAUCCAAAAACGUGUGUGCAAGGCAAUAAUUGGAAGAAUGGCAAGCGACCCAAUGUUCCACCCCUUUAGUGUGAUUCGAAAUAAUCAGCAGACGGAGAAAAAUUGUGCCCACAGGAUAAGGAAAAAUAAUUUCACAAGUGUAUUGUCAUUCCAAAAAUGUCUGUGCGAGGAAAUAAUUGAACCAAUGGCAAGCGACCCAAUGUUCCACGCCUUUAGUGUCAUUCAAAAUAAUUACAGGAUGGGGCAAGAUUUUGCACACAAGAAGAGGAAAAAUCAUUUCACCCGUUUAAUGGCAUGCCCAACGUGUGUGUGCAAAGAAAUAAUUGAACAAAGAAAAAACAAACGAAUAUUCCACCCCUUUAGUGUCAUUCGGAAUAAUUACCAGAAGGUGACGAAUUUUCCCCAAAGGAGAAGGAAAAAUAAUUUCACACGUGUAAUGUCAAUCCAAAAAUAUGUGUGCAACGAAAUAAUUGAUCAAAUGCGAAAUGAACGAAUCUUCCACCCCUUUACUUUCAUUCGAAAUAAUUAA